GACCAAACAUAUUUCAGCAAGAGAGUCCAUCAUUUCAGGGUUGAUAGAAACAAAUAUCAGAUUCAAAUUCCACUGCCUCCAAAAAUUGACCCAAGUGUUACCAUGAUGACAGUUGAAGAGAAGCCUGAUGUGACAUAUAAUGAUGUUGGUGGUUGUAAGGAGCAGAUUGAAAAGAUGCGAGAAGUUGUUGAGCUUCCCAUGCUUCACCCUGAGAAAUUCGUUAAGCUAGGAAUUGAUCCUCCAAAGGGUGUUCUUUGCUAUAGUCCACCAGGGACUGGCAAAACACUUUUAGCUAGGGCUGUGGCUAAUAGGACUGAUGCUUGUUUUAUAAGAGUUAUUGGAAGUGAGCUAGUUCAGAAAUAUGUUGGUGAGGAUGCUCGAAUGGUUCGUGAACUAUUUCAGAUGGCCCACUCAAAGACGGCAUGCAUUGUGUUUUUCGAUGAAGUUGAUGCAAUUGGGGGUGCACGGUUUGAUGAUGGUGUUGGUGGUGAUAAUGAGGUUCAGCACACUAUGCUUGAAAUUGUGAAUUCUACCGGUAAGAGCACCUUCUAAACUUGGCAUUUUGUACUUUUCCUUGAUAUAUUCGUGUACUUUGUAUGUUGCUUUAUAUUUUUUGACCAUGAAUUUUUUUAGUUUCUUUUAGCAUUUGGUGUAGUAUGCUUUCUGCCGAAAUCUUGGUUCUUAUUUUGUGGGAUUUCUGCCACUCCCUUUCUUCCCUAUGACCCACGAUUGAACAUUGGGUAGUUUAUAGAGAUUGGUUUUUUUGACAAAGAUACUUUUUGGUUCUCUCCAGGGGCCGAUAUAAGGAGCGUUUGCACUGAAGCUGGUAUGUAUGCUAUUCGAGCCAGAAGGAAGACCGUGACAGAGAAAGACUUCCUUGACGCAGUUAAUAAAGUCAUCAAAGGAUACCAGAAGUUCAGUGCAACUCCCAACUAUUCCUCUACUUCCCAGAAACUAUGUGGAAGAGAACGAGCCGGAGGAGAGGCUGCUCAACCGCUUCCGGAGAGAGGUCAUGAGAGCCGGAGUCAUUCAGGAGUGCAAGAGGAGACGGUUCUUCGAGAACAAGCAGGAGGAGAAGAAGCGCAAGUCCCGCGAAGCUGCCAAGCGUAAAAGCAGAAGCAGGCGCUUUCAAUCAAGAUUUCAACCACAAAACAAGCCAGAUGUUGCACCAACCAAGAAGGAAGAGGAUAAUGAUAAUUGGAAUCUUCCAGAAGUAGACGCUCCAUAUAUUUCGACUGCAUGAUCCACUCACAUUCUGUAUGGUUCUUCACAUUUUAUUGUGAGAGGCUUUUUAUGCAUGUGAGUUCUGUUAUGCAAAAUCAAUUCCUUGGACGCGGUUAGUGUACUGUUCUAUUCACAUUUCAUUUUAAGUUAUGCUAUUUAUUCAUUGCGCAUCUAAAUUUUGUUCUGCCCUUGAUUUUCUGAAAUCUGGACGCAGUCUGUGUUUUUUUGUCCCCUCUUGCAUCAAUUUAGAAUCCCUUUAUAUUGUGA